CUUUCUAAUAAACCAAUAUGAAACCAAUAUUGAUGAAGUUGCGUAAACAUUCCUCAUGUCUGUUUCCACAGAGCAUCAACCCUUAUUUACAGGGUCAAAGGUUGGACAAUGUGGUCGCCAAGAAAUCUGUUCCCCAUUUCUCAGAAGAAGAAGAAGAAGAAGAAGAAGCAUCGACCACCACGGCUCCCAGCAAACCUGCAAUCUGAAAUUUGGGAAAACUUGGAAAAUAUUUUCCUCUCGGAUAAAUGUUUGUACAUUCAAGGAUUUGAUUCAUUGUAUCACUGGGACGGUGUUUUCAGCAGAAACGCUGCAUUUUCAUUGACCUAAAUGUAAAAAUCUGAAAAGAUCUGGUGAUUCGCCUAAAGCACAUGUGUCAAACUCRAGGUCCAGGGACCAAAUCUGGCCCUGCCGUAGCUUUUUAUGUGGCCCUCUACAAAUGACAUCAAUUAGUCCCUCCAGUUUUUCACAAAUCUGCAACAUUCAUACAAAAUCUACAGAUUCCCACAUUUUUUUCAGAUUUUUACUGCAAAGUUUUCUCAAAAUAUCCAAAAACGUUGAGUUUAAGUGACUGCUGCCUCAGCUUUACCUGAUGUUGAGCUACAGAACCGACACGGCAAGUAAUAAAAAUCCACAUUUAGCAUCAUAAAUAUCAUUAAAACUUCUUACAAAUAUUUCUAAAUUAGCUCCACAAAAUCCUGGAUGGACUGAUCAGUGUGAAAAAUGUUAAAUAUUUCAUUUUAAGACACUUAAUACAUUCUGACCCUUUAAUAACAUUCAGACUUUUGAUUUGACUCAAAAUGAAAAUAAGUUUGACAGCUAAAGUAUCUAAAUGUUUAUAACUGAAGCUCAAAAAUAGACAAGUGGCCAUAAAAACAGAAUCUUUUGGAAAGAUGAUGCUAAARUCAUCUGCAACUUUGCAUUAGAAAUUUGGUAACAGGAAAUGGAGUUUGUGUUAAAACUGUUUUGGUAAAUACUCGAAACUAAAUUUAAAAGGAAAGGAAGUGAUUCAAGUAUCCUUAAGAUGAUUUAAGAUUGAUGCCACUAAAGCUGUCACUAAUCUAAGAUCCCAUAAUUACAGACUCAAUCCAGAAAAAAUGUGUGAAGUUUUUUUUAUUAAAGAUCUUGAGGUUAAAUUAUUGCUUAUUUAUUCACAGCAGUACARAGAACAAUUUUACUCACAUUUUGUUAAAAUUGCAUGAUUCAUGUGUCUCUUCAACAUCCAUAAAUAUCCUAUUAUUUAAAAUCUGCUUAUGAACAUCUUCACUGCCGCAUGACAAAUAUUCAGAGCUUUUUCUCUUCAGGCUGCAGCGACUCUUAUCUUGUUUAUGUUUGUCUUCUGUUUUUGUUCYGUAAAGUCAAAUAAACGACUUAUCUGCAUUGACAAAGUCUGGAAGUUUUGUUUUUUUUUUUCCCGUUUACAGAAAGAUAAAGUGAGGAUCGGGGAGGGAGGUGUGUUCUUCUGCUGAAACUUAAAGCUGCUUCAGAGAAGCCAGGACUGCAGAGGAAGAACAUCUUGUUAACGGAACAAAGUUUUUUAGGGGGAUUUAACACACAGCAGCUUCAGCGAUGCAUUCCCAUUCGGGGCUCAUCUUUAAAGCCGUCCUGGCUCUUCUACUCCCGCGGCCGAGCAGCGCUGAGCCCGACCCAUUUCAAGCCGUCAACCCGAACGAAUCGGACGGAUGCCUCCAGCCUCCCCUCUCCGCGCUUCUCUCCCGCGGCGCCGCGUCCGCGACAGAGGAGAUCCUGGAGUCCAGCCAGGAAGCGCUGCUCGUCACGGAGCGCCGCUACCUGCGGACGGACUGGUGCAAGACGCAGAUGCUGAAGCAGACCAUCCAGGAGGAGGGCUGCCUGAGCCGCACCAUCACCAACCGCUUCUGCUACGGACAGUGCAACUCCUUCUACAUCCCGCGGCACACGUACCAGGACGGCGGCGUGUUCCAGGCCUGCUCCGCCUGCAGACCGAAGACGUUCAGCACCAUCACCCUGACGCUGUUUUGUCCGGGUCAGACGCCCAGCACGCGGAGGAAGCGGGUCCAGCGCGUGAAGCAGUGCCGCUGCGUAAACAUCAACACGAACUGAAGCACAGCUGGAUGACCGGACCGUUAACAAAUAAUCAAGAAAACGGCGUCAGGGUACCGGAGUGAGGACAUCUUUGAUGAAACCUGACUGAACAGCUGCAGAGUCCAAAGCCGGCCCAAKGCAUAUGCGAGUUACGCGGCUGCUUGGGGCCCCAACACCACCAGGGGGCCCCCUAGAGCGUCAUUUGAUUUUAUUAUGUAGUGAUGAAUUGCACAUUUUAGACUGUCUACACUUUCUGUUACAAAGUUUAGAAACAAAAGAUAUUAAACUUGCUAUCUUUAUUGUAAAUUCAAUUUUACUUUCAAAUAGUUAAAUUAAUAUGCCACACUUACAGUAAAUACCACUCUCCAUUUGAAAAUGCUAAAUUAAUUAGAGSGUCUUUGCUUGUUUGCUUCUCCUGUAAGAUUAAAACCAAGAACCAUAACAACACUGGUAUGAUGUCCACUGCAAAAAAUACAAGUUUUACCAAGUAUUUUUGGUCUAGUUUCUAGUGUAAAUGUCUUAGUUUAGUCUUUUUUCAAGUGUACUAAAAGUAUYUCUUCAGCAAGAUAUAGGAGCUUGUUUAAAGUAAAUAAUUCCUUAAUACWGAUUAAUAUUCCUAAGUACAAACAAUCUGCCAUACCUGCUAAAAAGUUGUUUGUAAAUUAAUUGUAUCUUAUUUCAAGUGUGCAAAGAUCUUUCUCUAGAAAUUAGACUAAAAAUACUUGAUAAUAUUUUGUGUUUUUGCAGUAUGAGCUAAUAAUAGUAGUUAUUGUACAUGCAUAGUUGUAGCCUAGCAAUGAUGAGGUAUCUGGCAACAUUUUCACUCAGAAAUCUGAACCUCCCCAAAAACCAUGAAUGGUAUUCACUUAACAAACAAGGCUGUGGUUUCAUGUCCUCCUKCCACUCAACUUUCCACCAAUAAAUUUGCAUCCAGCACUAAAAUAAGCUAGGUUSUUUAGCACUGACGUUUUGUGGCUUAUUUUCUUCUGCCUGCUGGACAUUAUUUUGCAUGUCGUAACAACUUUUCUGUAUGAAAAUGUAAUUUUGUUGCUUUCUAAGAGACUUUAUUUUGGGAUUCAUUACUUCUAUACUGUUAUCAUAAAAAGCAAAUAGAUAUAAAUGCUUAAAAUUGAUCAUUCUCUGUGGAUAAGUUUCACUUUCAGUUUAACUACUAAAAAGUAGUUUAAAAUGGUAUUCUAAUUUAUUGAGCUGUUUUUAUGCUCCUUUUCCUUUUUCCCUGAUGCUACUCAAUUUUUGUAUUCUGCUACUUAAAUAAAGAAAAUACACCGUGA